UGCUCUAUAUAUUAUUAAAGACGAGACGUUAUACUAUAUAUUGCCUUAGUAAAAUAUUCAAUAUUUAUUGCUUUAUUAAAUUUUAAAAACUGUGAUCAGAACUUUUGGUAUACCCUAAGUAGAAGUUAAAUAAUAAAAAAAAAUUUGGAGCCUCUGAUCAGACUUGUCACCCACAUAUAUAUGUAUGUAAAAAAACUGAACUCUUUUCUUUUCUCUUCUUUUUCAUUUUCGACAGCGGAACGGAUGAAGAAAUUAUUUAAUGUAAUUUCUUUCUGUUCCAGUGUUACCGUCUGGUUGUCGUUCGUUCCACUAUUGAAAAUUAAAAAGAAGGCAAAAAGAAAGUUCGAUUUUUGUGCAUAUAUAUGUAAAUGCGUGUGUUCCUCAUUCGUAGAUCAAUUUUAUCUUUAUUAUGUUUGUAACAACUUGACGAAUAAGGAAGUGUUCUUCGAAACAUCGUAAAAUAAAUAAAAUAAAAAAAGGAAAGAGCAAAACUAUUUUCAAGCAAAUACGUAUUUUUAUUAAUAACAUACGAUGCAAAAGUAAUGGCACAAAAUGUCGAUUACUAUUUUUCUUCCAUAAAUGAACGAUGAAAGAGAAACGUUUUUUACCAAAAGAUAAAGCUUUGACUUCUCUUUCGAAUCUUAGAUAAAUUAUUUUUAUAACACGUUCAUAAAUCGAAUGACGUAACAGAAAAGAGAAGCAUCCUUAGAAAACACCGCCCUUUUUUUGAUAAAAAGGACCGCACACAAUAUCGAUUCUAAUAUCUCUGCAAUAAAUAGAUUCUGAAAAAAAAAAUUAUUAUUCGUCAAUAGCAAAAUUUUCUCCUCUUUCAAAGAGUGUAUCAUUCAUAUUUGUCACGUAUGGGUAAAUGAAAGAAGACAAGAAAAAAGGGAAACUUUCUCCGAAGAAAUUUGUAAUUUUUAUAUAAACUCACCAAAAGCAUCUCGUAUAUAACAAUUAAUUAUAAUAAACUGUCAUUUUGCAGGAUGGUUUUAAUGAUUUGAUAAAAAUAAAAGUAACAAUCUGUCCACGAGAUCUUUAUAAAGAGUCGACUAAAAUUGAAUCAAUUAUUGUCUAACAAGACGCUUUUGACGGAUUCAUAUAAAUAUUACAAAUUUAUUGUGGGAAUGUCUCUCAUUUUCUCUCGUGCCAUUUGUGAAUGUGUGACAAACAAAUUGUAGUGUUUGAAAGAGGAGUAAAUUGCCUAUCAACUAAUAAAAAAAAAUAAUCCUUUCAACACAUAUUUAUCGAAGAGUUGUCAAAAGGAUAUAGAAAUUAGGAAUGUUACUGUAUCUCUGUUGAUCUUUGUAUUAAAGAAUAAAUAUAAAAAUAAUCUUCAUUUUUAGAAAAUAAAGAUCAAUAAAAUCUUUAUAUUUUAGAAAAUAAAGAUAAAUAAAUCCUUUAUAUUUGAAAAAUAAAGAAAAUGUAAAGAUAAAUAUCAGAUUUUUCUUUAGCGAAAAAGAAACAUAUCUGUGUUGUAACAACAGAAUAUGUCAACAAGAAGAAAUUUGUCACAUGCUGAUGUUCGGCCUUUUAAGGAAACGCUAUUAUUAACUGCGUAACAUGCCUAAAAUAGAGACCUUUUUUCAAUUUACUAAAUCUUUAAUUGGCCAAAAAAAAAACCUUGUGCGAUAUCUUCGAUCGAUUUUUAGAGUGAGUCUUCUAUCUAACAUCCAUUUGCGAUACCAUUGUAAGCUCUCAAAUUAUAGAUUCGAUGUUGCUUCUACACUUUUAUGAAAAUCGUUUUGUAGAAAACGUUACAUGGCCCUCAUGUUCAUCGUGUCUGAAUUCUUUUUGUUUUAUUAAAUUUAAGUGAACACAAAAGUCAGUUACUUUAAGGCGCCUACACUCUUAAAUAUCCACUUCAAUACAAUGAUGAAGAAAAAUAUCGAAAAACACUAUCUUGUUGAAGUUUUCUUUUAGUAUCCUUAAAACAUCAACAGUAGUAGUUUUUUGAAUGUGGCAUGACUAAUUUCUUCAAAGGGUAAAGCAAAUUUUCACAAAAAGAAUUUCAAAGCAUAAAGUAACCAAAAGGACUUUCUUUCAUAUAAGUAUAUCAAACAUUUUACUUUUUCACUUUCAUCAGCUCGUUUAAAACCUUGAUUUGUUCGUUUGCUUUAGUUUUCUCUUUUAUUUAAAUUUUCAAGAGCAAUGUAUCACAGCACUUGAUACAUAUCCUAUUAAUUCUUUUGUUGAUUUUCGCGAAGUUCAAAUAAAUUUACCAGUGUUUUUUCACACCACCAAGUCAAGUGAUGUUUCUAUAUGAAUAUUGAUUUCUUUCUUUUUAUUUGGUAUACGGUACACCUUAUGAUAGUAUUAUGGCACUGUGGAAAACAUUCGUCAGCGACAUAUUCUUCUCUAACACUAGAUUAGUCUCAAAUAUUCGAUACUCUUUUAGUGCUAAUUGCAGAUGAACUCCUUCGUAUUGAUACUAUCUGAUUUUGAAGACUUCAUUAUAUUAUGGGAUCGUUAGAUGAAGACGUUUGAUGGUUGACAUCAUAAUCAGCUAGGCAAUGUUCAAAUGACAUUCAUAUCACCGUUGAGGCUUAUUUGAGUAAGAAUUCCUAGCGUUCAUUAAAAUAUAUAUGAUAUCGUGCUUAGGAUAUAAAUGUAUCUAGUUUUCUAUGGUUUCUCAUUGAUGAAUAUCCGUGGACUCACACUUCGUAAAUGUGUAAUGAAGUUUUUCUCUUCUUUUCUCCUACUCCUCUUCUAUAUUUAUCCUGCUUCUCUAAUAUUCAGCUAUACACACUAAUAAAUGGAUUUGAAUCUAUUAAUUAUCUAGAGAUUGUUAUACAGUCGAAUCGGAUAGUAACUAGAAUAAGGUUGGAUGAAUCUUAUUUAUAGGAUAUUUUGAAAGUGCGAAUGCACUGCCAAAGCAGUGUAACUACGUCAAAAGAUGAAAUCGUCGAGUGCAUAGGAUGUUUUUCCAAUAUUUAAGUACUUCCGUAGUCGGCAAUCUUUGAGUUAUCAGAGAUUCACCAAUCAGACUUUUUUCAAUAGUGAAAAGUUAUGGGGGAGGAUCAAUAUAUUCGAACAAUUAGUGGCAGAUAAUCCUCGGUGCAUUGAUUAUUUGGCAUUUCUUCAAAAAUCCUGCAAAAAGUAACACAUUGUGCCAGUCUGCUGUCCACUGGCCUGCUGCUGGAUAUGCUAUGGCAUGUAGAUGAACAAAAAUACGUGUAUAUACUGUUUAUGCUGAAUGAAUGAUUUUCAAUAUUUUUAUGCUAAGAUAAUACUGAAAAUAUUUAAUUUUUUAUAUCUAAUUGUAUAUAGAACAAAGACCGAAACGAACCAAAAUUUUUCGAUUCAAGCUCGAUUCGUCCUAUUUUUCAAAAUAUCGGUUCGGAUCCGGUUUAGUUCGUUUCGUUUUCGAUCUUUGAUAUAGAAAUAAAUGAUUAGUCCAUAUUAACUCAGCAGAACUGCUACCAUACGAUAGCUUUUAUUUCAUAUAUAUAUAUGAGACAGAUGUUAUCUAAUCUUGAAGAAGAGAUACGAGUCAGAUGUAUAUGUUCAUUAUAUUCGGAUGAUUUAGUCUUAUUGUAUUGUUACGUACUAUGCCGAAAGAAAUGAAAAUUUCUUGUUUACAAGAUAUUAAUCGAGGAGAAGAGAAAGAUAGGAAUUAAAUAGUUAAUUAGCUGUAGUUAAUAUUUUUCUGCGAUGAAGUUAGAAAAACCACAAAGUAAAAUGAUGAGCUUGUAGUCUUUACUUAAGUCCUUGUCGAGAAAAAAGUAUUAGACUAUCGAACCAAGGAACAGACAGUCAGGUAAACAUUUAUCAAAACUCCAUCAACAAGAUAAAAGAUCCUUUGAAAUCAAAACAUCAAAUUCAUUCUGAUCAGGGCUUAUUGAAAUAAGAAUGGAUUAAUGAGAAUUGCUAGUAUGUGUUUACUUGAGGGCUGCCUUUGAUGUUGGGGUUCAGUUAGAUGAUAAAGACAGCUCUUUUCAAGAAAAUAUAUUAUCAAAUAAAGUAAUGAGAUUAUUAUUAUUUCACAUUCUGAUUCUGCACAUUCGGUUUUGCGAUUAACGAAAUGUAUUCAAUGAAUACACUUCUUCUAGUUGCCAUGUCCUGGUGUUAGAGCAUAGUUAUGUUUCUUUUUUGCUAAUAGAAAAAAUCUAAUAUUUAUCUUUAUAUUUUCUUUAUUUUUCAAAUGUAAAGAAUUUAUUUAUAUUUAUAAUAUAUAGUAAAUAUAAAGUAGCACUCCUAGUAGAAAUCAUUAUUUUGUGUUGUUUUCCAGAAUCUCACGGAAUGUGUGCAUUUUUCUAAGGUUGCUUCUCUUUUCUGUUGCGUUAUUUCGUUUAUGAAUGUGUUAUAAAAAUAAGUUAUCUAUGAUUUGAAAGAUGAAAAAAAGUUUUAACAGUUGAAAAACAAAAAUUCUCUUUCAGUACUCUUCUAUCGCAGAGAAAUAGGGAUCAACAUUUUGUGUCAUUACUUUUGCAUCGUGUAUUAAUUGGAAUUUACUGUAGCUGUUUGCACGUUGUACAAUAUCUGCCAUGAAAGGCAUGCAUUUUUAAACUGAUUUAUUAAUGAAAAAAGGAGCGUUUGAAGAUGUCAUGGAAUUGUUACUUGUCAGUUAUUCAUUUGAUAGCCCAGUUCAUGACUAAGAGGAUAAAUAUGAGAUUCAAGUAAACUUUUUAUAAAUAACAAUAAAGAUACAUUACCUGCUGUGAUUUCUAGGCUCAAUUAAUGUAUUCGAUAGUGAUUGUAGCCGUUUUAUUGAUAAAGAAUUAUCUGACAAAUAGUUUAGAUAAAUAGAAAAAGAAAACUUUUUAUACGAAAUUCUUUUCAGAUCUGUGAAAGGAGAAAACAAAGAUCUAAUUGUUAAAAACAAGCGUGAAUCGAUGUAUUCGUUUUGGUAAUGCAGCUGUUGGAGUUAGUCAUCUUAGUAUAACAGAACAUGAUGAAAAUACAAUUAUUGAUACAUAUGUUGAAAGACUUUUUAUAUCAGAACUUUUGAGUAAUAUGAUUGAUUUAUACCCAGUGAGAGCAUUAAACUCGAAAUAUUAUACAUUCACUACACGACCAUUCAACAACAAAGUAUAAAAAAAUGAUUUCUUUUAUUUGACAUUUGAUGUUAUUCUAUUUAGAAAAACGGUAUCAAUUGAUGUUAUGAAUGCACCAGGUGGUUAUAUUAUUACAAGCAUAUGUAAUGAAGAUGUCUUUCGUGUAAUUCAACGAAUUAAUGAAAUAAUAUCAACAACAGAAGAAUAA